AUGGCGGUUGCAGUGGAUACCGUGGUGGAGGAAGCGAUGGAUACCACAACGGAGGCGGUGGUGAUUAUGGAGGUGAUGGUGGAAGACGUGAGUGUGGAUACAAUGCUGGUGGUUGGUGGAGGUAGCUACUCAAGUGGAAGAGUCGGUGGUGGAUACACUGGUGGUGGAUACGGUGGAGGAAGCGAUGGAUACCGCAGUGGAGGCGGUGGUGGUUAUGUAGGCUGUGGUGUAAGACGUGAGGGUAGUUAUAGUGGUGGUAUAGAAUCAGAGAAAUAG